AUGUACAAUGGACCUCCAAUAUUAGCCCCAGGGGGUGGUGCGGAGGUCCUACCAGCUGGUCUUCUUGACAGUUCAAGCUCGUAUGCUUCAUCCUGGUUUGCGAACAAUGGCUUUGCCCCUUUUCAUUCUUCCUCUCAGUCGAGACCCCACGCUAGCGUGGAGGCAACAUCUGGUGCCAGCAAUGCGCAAUCGAGCACUUGCUAUGACGCCUAUUCGAAUGUUCCUCAUUCGAUACCGUAUCCCCAGGUCGACUAUUCUCACCAACCCCCACUACCUCCAAUCCAAACUACCGCCUUCACAGCCGCUGACAUCCUCAAAUUCAACGCUACAGCUAGCUUCUCGGCCCCGUCUCCCCUAGGUCUUCCUGUCUACUCCUCCUCUGGUUUCGACCUCCUCUCCCUCCUCUCUCGCGUAGUCUCCCGUCCCCACCCAAAUAUCGUCCUCGGUCCCGUUGACAGUUCUUGCUCCUUUACUGUCGUCGAUGUUCGUCGCCAUGACUGUCCCAUCAUCUACGCCUCCCCCACCUUUUAUCGCCUCACAGGCUACACUGAACACGAGGUACUCGGUCGCAAUUGUCGCUUCCUGCAGUCCCCCGAUGGAAACGUACAGAAGGGCGAGGAGCGUCGCUUCGUCGCGCCAGAUGCUGUGGCCCAUUUGAAAAAGUCCCUCUCCGCGGACAAGGAGUGCCAAACCAGUAUCAUCAACUAUCGCAAAGGCGGACAGGCUUUCAUCAAUCUAGUCACCGUGAUCCCCCUCAGGGGCGGCAUAUCGAACCGUCCAGAAGAAGCGGAUGAGAUCGUUUAUCACGUCGGCUUCCAGGUCGAUCUCACAGAGCAACCCAAUGCGAUCUUGCAGAAACUGCGCGAUGGGAGUUACAUCGUCAAUUAUACCGUGGGCGCAGGCGCACCGGUGCCAUCCCCGCUCGGGCCCCCAACGAGAGGUCGACUCACAUUGCCAUCCAAUAGCGUAUUAAGCAAAGAUUUGCGUAGUCUGAUCACAGACUCCAAAUUCACCUCCUCAGUCCCCCUCUCCACGAGCGUCAAUAUUCCCCCAUCUACAGCCACCCCUGACAAGCCUGACACACACGACGGCAACCAGCUUAUCCACAUGCUCCUCCUCGAAAAAUCUCCCGACUUCAUCGUCGUUCUCAGCCUCAAAGGUGCCUUCCUCUACGUCGCUCCGAGCGUGCGCCUCGUCCUGGGCUACGAACCCGAGGAGCUCGUCGGGAAGAGUAUAUCCGACUACUGCCACCCCGCAGACCUCGUCCCACUGAUGCGUGAGCUUAAGGAGUCCUCUAUCACGCCCAACACCCCAACAGCCGACUCUACCUCCCCCAUCCCACCUGGUUCACCAAACCUGGCCAGCCAACCCAAAACAGUCGAUCUCCUCUUCCGCGCCCGCGCCAAAUCUUUUGCAUACGCUUGGAUCGAAUGCCGGGGGCGCCUUCACGUCGAACCUGGCAAAGGUCGCAAAGCCAUCAUCCUCUCCGGUCGUGGCAAAUGGAUGCCCUCUCUCAGCUGGCGCUCAAUCUCCCGUGCCGGCGGGCUCGGCGAACAGGAGAUAUGGGGCAUGGUGAGCACAAACGGAACCGUGCUCGUCACCAGCGCCAGUGUACGUGAUAUGCUCGGAUGGAGCGUGGGUGAGGUUAUUGGCAAGUCUUUGGGUGCGAUGGUUAUUGGUGGGGAUCGAGGACAUGUGGAGGCGGCGAUUCAGCGCGCAAAUGGAGAUGACGCGCAGGUACGUGGACAUGCGGAGGGCGAGCCGUCUGCAAUGGUAUGUACAAUGCUGCGCAAAGAUCGUAGCACCGUACACGUGCGUCUCGUAAUAUACCGGCCACCCGCCCCAACCCCAACCUCGACGCCCUCCCAAACGCCCUCUCCAUCACCUGCUCACCAGCUCGUCAUACAAAUCACGGUGCUCAGCACAUCAAGCAGCUCCAAUACGCUGAUUCACGCCGAGGCCAGUGAUGUAUUCGAGGAGCUAGAUACCGCGCGGGGGAGUAGUUGGCAGUAUGAGCUGCAGCAGUUGCGGUUUGCUAAUCAGAGGUUGUGUGAGGAGGUUGAUGCGCUGGAGGUGCGUGGUCCGGAAUACCACCAGGAACAGCAGCACCAACAACAGCAUCAACACCAGCAGCAACAACAUCAACAGCAACACCAUCAACAGCAACAUCCGACGUUGGUCCACCCACGCGAUAAUGCCGACUGGACCACGCUCAUAGGUAGCCAUACGAGCUCUGCGUUAUCGUCGUCAUUGUUACACAUGAAUCCUGCAAUUCACAUACCCGCGUCAACAUCGCUCAAGCGUACAUGGCACUCUGAGGAUGGGCCCGGGUGA